UCUUGAGCGUGUGAGCUGUGAGGCUGUUCUCGGCGUGUUCGUGUUUAUCUGCAGCUUCGAGAGUGUGUGGAUCGGUAUGAAGAGAGAUUUUGAUCCAUGUAGUGAUCGGGUUUCAAUAAGGAAACAAGUUCACGGUGCCAAGUAUGUGACUCUGUGACAUCCUCCCUGUGUUGGCCUCUCACCAAGUCCGUCAGCAGAAAGAGGAGCUCUGCAGUUGUCAGCCUGUGCAGGGAAAAGUCCUUCCAAUGUCUUUAGUGGAGGAUAUUCUGGAUGUGCUGCGCGUCGUGCUGGAGUACUUUGGCGUGGAACCAGACAUGCUGGUCCCAGUGUGGGACAGUCAGCAGUGCGGUCAGUAUCGCAGCAUUGUGCGGAUGAUUGGGACAAAUCUCCCGCUGACACCAACACCACGUGUUCACUUUCAGGUCCCUUUGCUCGGCUAUAACCCCAAUGGAUAUGUUGACGUCCCCUUGGAAACGCCUGCCAUCCCUUCAUUCGCUGACGUCAUGUGGGUGUUUGAGGAUGAAGGGGAAAGUUGUGCCAAGACCAGGAACCAUCUACCUCCGAAGCAGCGAAGCACUGUAAAUCAAGAUAUGGUGAGACACCCGGGACCGGCCACAAGGCAAACCCAGAGAGGAGGCCGAGCUGUGAGACAGAGCGCUGAUCCAGUGGCCCUGAAGAAGAUCACGGCACUGGAGAGCGAGCUGCUUCAGCUACGAGCUCAGAUAGCCAUGAUCGUUACCGCCGCUCCAGCCUCAGGUCUGACCGAGUGCCGGAACGCCCCGGGUACACCUCAGAUGUGUGCUCAGCCGACUCUCACCUCCACACCUCGCACUGCUGCUCCUCCACCACCUCCUCCUCCCCCUCCCUGCCCUGGCACCUCCACUGAGACCCUCUCUAUGGUAGACCUGAUCCGCCAACGAAGGAAUAACGAGAAAGCCCCUGGCAGGGGGGUGGAAGUUAAAGGGCUCCCCUCCAUGCUGGAUGUUCUCAAGGACAUAAGCCAAGUGACAUUGCGCACGGUGGAAAGGUCACCAGGGGGCACACCAGUCAGGAGGAGACGCAGUAAGGGAGGGGGGGCACUGCUCAAUGACCCAGCAGCUCUUAUCGCAGAAGCGCUAAAGAGAAAGUUCGCCCAGUAUCGCCAUAACAACUCGUCCGACAAAGAGAAUUCCCUGGAACUCUCACCUUUCGGCAGCCCGGACUCACCUAAGGUCCCUCAACACGCCAGACGCAGUCAGGGACGACGCCACCUGAUGUCCCAUUAAAUGAUCCCCUCUGAACCCGAAAGGUCAAACGUAAGACAGCCCAUCAGCCAAUCACAGCUGCCUCCGAUUUUUUUCGUGUGUUAUUUUUUCUCCGUCUUGGGACAGUAUUUGUCUCACAAUGGACCAAACGCUUGAUGCUGGCUUGUUUUUCCUUGUUGGGAGGUUUGAAUGUAUGACUUUGUUAAGGUUAAUGCUGUAAGCAAGAGUAACAGUGUUGUUUUGUCUUAUCUGUGAAUUCCAUUCAUAUGUUUCCAGUGUUUUUUUAUACUGGUAUGUUUGUGUGCAGAGCUUCUUUUUAAAGGAGAUAAUGUAUUUAAAGGAGACAUAUUUUGCUCCCAAAUAGAGUUGUUACUUGAAAAGGUUCACAUGCUGGAAUGCUCAGAAAACACAUUACUUUCCUCAUACUGUCCAUCGCUGCUGCUCCUCUUUUCAGCCUCUGUCUGAAACGCUUGCUUUUAA